AUGCUAUGCAAUUCACAAAAAUUACCCGGAUUACGAGAUAUCACUACGUUUGCUAAAAUAUUUUACCCGCAACAUACAUCACAUUUUUUACCCAAAUUACCAUUUGUUACAAUUCCCAAAAGAACGAAACUUUAUGGCUUACCACCGUUACCCGGUCAUUCCACUGGUAAAUCUACCGAUAUGGAAGAAGAAAUUACAACCGAAUCAUCAAUUGCACCAAAUCGUACCACAAUUGCACCUCUGUUAAGGUUAUUUACCUUACCAUUGAUUAAAUUGCCACCACCACCAAAUAUUGAUACCUAUGGUAUCAAUACAAUACCGGAAUUACCACCACAACAUGAAUCAAUCUAUGAAGGAAUGUUUGCACCGGAUGGUAGUCUAAUCAGGAAGAAUGCGACAAUAAAAGAAAUUAAAAAUACAAAAUUUCAAACUGAAACAAAUCAAAUUUAUGAAGAAGAUCGAUUGAAUCGAAAUGAUGGAAAUUCACGUGAAACACGCGGAACACGUAUACGUGCUGCUGAUGGUCCAAUUACUUAUGAUGAUUAUGAUUUUUAUCCGAUAAUAACCUCAUCAGAAUCAGAAAUAUCUUCAUUUAAUGAUACAACAACAACAACAACAACAACAACAACAACAACAACAACAAUUACUACUACCAAAGAAACAAUAGAAUUGAAUCCAAAUGUAAAAUCAUCAACACUCACUCGAUUGCAAGUUUUAAUUUCUGGUGAAAAUGAUAGAUUUGCAAAAAAAAAUUUCAAUUUUGUAUCUGAUGCAUACAGAGAAAAACCGCACAGAAUUUUUCCGCGAUCAGAUCAUUCACCGGUACAGGUGAUUCCGGUACGAGUAACGGAGCAUAAAUCUGACAAUGAAAGUGCUCUCCAGUUAUCAGAAUGGCAACGAUAUGAAAAUGGAAGUUUAGAUCGAACUACAAUUAAGCCAAAUAUUCGUGUCAUCCUUCGUGAUGGUCAAAUUGAGCGCAAUAAAAUUGUCACAUCAACUGUCACCAAAUCUAAAUCAGUACCACAUGCUAAUUCUUUGCCAAAGAAAAGAGAUGAAUUUGAAUUACAGCAGUAUGAUACUGAAGUAAAUUAUCCUAAAUUAUCACAAAAAUUAACAUCAAAGAAUUCAAUUCCUGAAAAAUUUCACGAAAAGCAGCAGCAGCAGCGACAACAACAACAACAACAACAACAACAACAACAACAACAACAACAACAGCAACAACAACAACAACAACAACAACAACAACAGCAACAACAACAACAACAACAGCAACAACAACAACAACAACAACAACAACAACAAUUUGAGCAACCGACUUUCUUAAAUAGUCCAAAUGCGCAUGCACAACCCGCGGUGCAAAAUAUUUUGGUAACCCCGGCAAAACAAUAUUAUAAACAAAAUGAUCAACGUGAACGACAAUCUCUCCAAUAUCAAUUUGAUCAACAAUCUUCCCAAUAUUUGCCCAAAGUCCAACAACAAUCACUCCGAUAUCGACCUCAACAGCAUCAGCAACCUACCCAAUAUCAACCUCAGCAACCCAGCCAAUAUCAACCUCAGCAACCCAGCCAAUAUCAACCUCAGCAACCUACCCAAUAUCAACCUCAACAACCUACCCAAUAUCAACCUCAGCAACCUACCCAAUAUCAACCUCAACAACCCAGCCAAUAUCAACCUCAACAACCCAGCCAAUAUCAGCCUCAACAACCCGUCCAAUAUCAGCUUCAACAACAACCUAUCCAAUAUCAGCUUCAACAACAACCCAUCCAAUAUCAACCUCAACAACAAUCUCCUCAGUAUCAACCUCAACAACCGUAUCCGGUGCGUGAUCCUGAAGAUGAAGCAUAUCUUCGAGAAGUGGAAGAAUACGAUCAUUUUUGGGAAAAUGAACAUGCUCGAACUGCAUCAUAUUAUCAAUUACAGGCAAAAGUAACAAUAUCACCAAAUUAUCAACCUAUUCAUUUGCAACAACAACAACAACAACAACAACAGCCACAACAUCCACUGAUACAAUAUCAACAAACUGUCCCUUAUCAUUCUGCUCGUGCACCAACGCCAUUUAUUACUAGAAAUUCUGAACAAUCAAUGUAUCAACCAAUACAGAAACAACAACAACAACAACAACAACAGCAGCAACAACAACAACAAUGGCAACAACAACUUUUAAAACCGCACAAUUCAGGUAUUCAAUCAGAAACCUCAAAUUCAAUAAAAUCAUCGAAUCCGCUUCUUAUCGAUCUUGAUACAUUAUCGAAAAAUUUAUUUGGUAGCCUUUUUAACAACCAAAGGAAUCAUAAUUCAUCUUAUAAUGAGAAUUUUGAAACAAUUUUGCUUGAUUCAUCUAUAGAAGAUAUAAAUGUUAAUCCUAUUAUCAAGCAUGCUUAUCCAAGCAUAACGCAAUCUCAUCAGAAAGGAGUAAAAAGAGUAAAUGAGGAUGAAUCAUUUUGGUUACAUUCAUUCGAAGAAAGUGAAUUAAGCAGAGAAAAUGCAAAUAUACCACAUACUUCAGCUUAUGGAAUGCGAAAAGUUGGCAAAAAAACAUACAUUGAUGAUACAAAUAUUGGCUCACCAGGUUCAAAAGCAUUAGAACAAAAAUCAUGUGAACAUAUCGAAAAAGAAAAUGCAACGCAAUAG